CUACCCCUCCAGCUCAGAGGAAUGGAGUCAACUGAUUCCUCCCAUGUGGACUCUGAGUUCCGAUAUGUCCUCUUCCCGAUUGUUUACAGCAUCAUCUUUGUGCUGGGUGUCAUUGCCAAUGGCUAUGUGCUGUGGGUCUUUGCUCGCUUAUACCCUUCCAAGAAAUUCAAUGAGAUAAAGAUCUUCAUGGUGAACCUCACCAUGGCUGACCUGCUCUUCUUGGUCACCCUACCCCUGUGGAUCAUCUACUACUACAACGAGGGCAACUGGAUUCUUCCUAAAUUCCUGUGUAAUGUGGCGGGCUGCCUCUUCUUCAUCAACACCUACUGCUCUGUGGCCUUCCUGGGUGUCAUCACUUACAACCGCUUCCAGGCAGUGACACGGCCCAUUAAAACUGCUCAGGCCACCACCCGCAAGCGUGGCAUUGUUUUGUCCCUGAUGAUCUGGGUGGCCAUUGUGGCCGCUGCAUCCUACUUCCUUAUUGAAGACUCCACCAACACAGUGCUUGACAAAACUGGCUCAGGGAACAUCACCCGAUGCUUUGAGCAUUAUGAGAAGGGAAGUAUGCCAGUCCUCAUCAUCCACAUCUUCAUUGUGUGCAGCUUCUUCCUUGUCUUCUUCAUCAUCCUCUUCUGCAACCUGAUCAUCAUCCGCACGCUGCUCAUGCAGCCGGUGCAGGGACAGCGCAAUGCAGAAGUCAAGCGCCGGGCACUGUGGAUGGUCUGCAUGGUCUUGGCUGUGUUCAUCAUCUGCUUUGUGCCCCACCACAUGGUGCAGCUUCCCUGGACGCUGGCCGAACUGGGCUUCCAGAACAAUACUUUCCAUCAGGCUAUUAAUGAUGCACAUCAGGUCACCCUCUGCCUCCUUAGCACCAAUUGUGUCUUAGACCCUGUCAUCUACUGUUUCCUCACCAAGAAGUUCCGCAAACACCUCACUGAGAAGUUCCACAGCAUGCGCAGCAGCCGGAAAUGCUCCCGGGCCACCACGGAUACGGGCAUUGAUGUAGUUGUGCCACUCAACCAGAUGCCUGCCAAUUCUCUAAAAAAUUAGUCCCUGAUUGUUGGGGACAGGCCCAAAGUCUUCUUCUCCAUGACUAUCAAGGUUUGACUUGAGGGAAGAAGAAAUGUGUGCUGUGCUCUGGCCUGUGGUUUGUGCACUUCCUUCCUGGACACUGGUGAUCUGCUGGGUAUGGAGGCAACCUCACCAAGACAGAGAUAAUG